AUGAAUCUGGACCCUCGGAAAGACAACCCGGCCGAGAUGGAUGUCGAUCGCGAUGGUAGCUCCCAGGACUCAGACGACGAGUCGUUCAAGAGUGCCGUUGACGAACCCUUUGACUUGAAGGAACUCUACCAAGAUGCCCUAGAGGAGCUGUCUGAAGAGCUAAACGAUGAAGUGUCAACCCCUGCUGCCUUGGCCGCGAGGGCUUAUCAACUCGAAAUGUUCGAAGCAAGCCUCAAGCAGAACAUCAUCGUGGCUAUGGACACUGGCAGUGGCAAGACUCAGGUUGCUGUACUUCGCAUAGCCAGAGAGCUCGAACAAAGUGACAAGCGAGUUUGGUUCCUGGCGCCAACGGUCGCCCUGGCCCGCCAACAACAACAAGUUUUGCAAUCCCAAAUACCCUCCGCCAAGGCCAUAUUGCUCUGUGGAAAAGAUGGGGUGGACAGCUGGUCUGAGCAGGCUGUCUGGGAUGCCGUCCUGCUCAACGUUCGUAUCGUGGUGUCGACAUACCAGAUCUUGUCCGAUGCAAAUGCUCACGGCUUCGUCGGCUUGGAUUCCCUGAGCUUGAUUGUCAUCGACGAAGCACAUAACUGCAAUGGGAGCCAUCCCAUUUCCAGAUUGAUGACCGAGGCUUACCUGCCUGCAAAGAGGGUUGGUCUACCAGUCCCUAGCAUCCUCGGUCUCACGGCAAGCCCGCUGAUGUCAAACAACCUCGAUGACAUUGAAAAGCUUGAACAAGUCCUUGAUGCAGUCUGUAGGACUCCUACAAAACAUCGAGAUGAGCUUCUUGCACACGUGAACCGCCCGGAGAUGCUCGUUGUUUCAUACGGCGAUUCUGAGGGCCCUGGUGCCGAGCCAACACCAACCGACCUCAUGAUAAGAUUCAGAGAAGCAUAUCACGGACUUGAUAUAAGCAAGGACCCAGAAGUCUUGUUCCUCAAAGCACAACGCACGGAACGGGCUAGGGAAAGGCUUCGUCAGGCUUUUACCAAGAAGGACACGCUCGCCCAGAAAGAAAUGAGAGGGUUUUACAACAGGGCCGUCCUUCUGUGUGGGGAAGUUGGGCCAUGGGCGGCAGACUUUUACCUUUCAAGAGGAAUUUCCCAAAUGUUGGCCGAACUGGAGUGUGAACCUCCGGCCCACUUCCGGUACAUAGGCGAGGCAUUACGAUCUAUCCCCAUUCCGGCUAUUUCAGAAGAGCCCAACCAGCUCUCCCCGAAAGUCCAGACUUUGCUGCAAGUUCUUGCUUCCCAUGAGCAGGACCCGGUUGGUAUUGUCUUUGCCCAGGAGAGGGUAAUGGUCAGCAUUGUGACGCAUGUCAUAUCCACCCAUCCGCUAACCAAAGACCGUUACCGCACUGCUUCCAUGAUUGGCACUGCUAGAGUACCAGGAAAGACCAAAAAUUACAAGGACAUGACAAAAAGGGAGGACAUGACAUCCCUCGAAGGGUUUCGCGAAGGCCGCUUUAAUUUACUUGUCGCGACGAGUGUCCUUGAGGAGGGCAUUGACGUUCCCAUCUGCAACCUCGUCAUUUGCUUUGACGAACCACUAAACAUCAAAUCCUUUAUCCAGCGUCGUGGAAGGGCAAGAAUGGGUAGCUCUACUCUCUAUCUUAUGGUUCAAGACGCCUCUGGCCAGUCCGCAACUGACUGGCGUGAUCUGGAACGGCUGAUGAAAGAGAAGUACGAGGACGAGAUGCGUCAAAACGCAGAACCCGAGUUGGUCGAGGAUCCGAGACUUGGCGAUUAUCCAGUUCUGGAAGUCGAGGGUACUGGCGCUCGCAUGACUAUCCGAGAUGUCAGAUCCCAUCUUCAUCACUUUUGCGCAAAGGUCUCGUCAAGAUCCCGACAUCUCCAGAACGAACCUUACUUCGUCAUUCGUAAAGUUUAUCCGGACCCAGCAUCACCCGACCGACGGACAUUGCUCAAGGCAACUGUUCAUCUGCCAGCAUCUGUUGUCCCAGAUUUACGUCGCCACGAAAGUCUUUGGACUUGGACGUCGGAGAGGCUUGCAGUUAUGGAUGCCUCAUUUCAGGCAUACAAAGCUCUUUACAACGCCGGAUUAGUCAAUGAUCAUUUGCUGCCUACAAAGGUAUCUGACUUUCUGACCGACUUUGGGUACGACCCGGGUCAUAUUUGGGUCAAGACACAAUUCGACCCUUGGCCAGAGGUAGCUCAUGCCUGGCAAGAGGGCUCGUUCUUGUACAGCCGUCGCCUGACAAUUCUGGUUCCGGGUGUGGAAGUACCCCUCGAAUUCGAGUUUAUACUGCCCGUGCCAGUUCCCUACAUGGCGCCUCUGAAACUGUGGUGGAAUUCCACUUCUGCUUUGACGCUCAUCACCGAUCCAGAGAUGCAGGAAUUCCGCAAAGAAGAAGUAGCCAGUGCUGGGCCAGAUCAUUCAUAUGCUUUGCUCGCCAUGGCUUUUGAACACCGAUUCCCGCUCAAGGGCAGGCAAUAUCCGAUUCGCCUCGUAUCAACCCAAAGGAAACUUGACGUCGACGGAAUUGCAGCUCUCGAGUUCGACCCUCGACUGUAUGAAAGCUUCCCUCAGCCUCCUCUUGUGAGACUGGUAGACAGGAAAGUGCCUUAUUUCGUCACCAAGGUCCUGCCGUCCAAGCCACCGGUCGAGCUCAUAUUAAAGCCAAGUCCAGAUCAUGCAGACCUUCCAGAGAACGUUCCAUACGUGGUUUACAAGCCCAUCGGCAAAGCCGUGGGUCAGUUUAUUCCACCUGAUGCAGCUCUAGAUCAUGACAAUUGGACUCCGAAGAACGGAAAGCUGUACCAAAAGGUCCUCCCUUCCACACGUAUUCAGAUGGAUGACUUCCCGGCCGUGUUCGCCCAGGUGGGUGCGGUCAUCCCAGCUUUCACAAGGGCAGUGGAAAUGAGUUUAGUAGCCGCGGACCUGAUGUACAAUCGUCUGGGUUGUCUGCAACUUGAUAACUUGCCUCUCGUUACUACCGCACUAAUUAGCAGUGGGUCUCGAGCCCCGACCAACUACGAAAGAUUGGAGUUCAUUGGCGAUACAAUCUUGAAAUUCUGCGCCUGCCUCUCUGCUUCGGCGUUAUUUCCAAACUACCAUGAAAGGUUGCUCUCCCAAUGGAAAGACAAACUCGUGAACAACGUGCGACUCUGUCGGGCAUCUCUCGAUUUUGGCCUUGACGAGUACGUCAUCAACUCUGUGGCCUCGAAGAAGUGGCGGCCCAAGUUUGUUGAGGAUUAUCUGGAUGAGAUGAAGUCCCCGGAAUCGGCAGAAACCCGGCAGAUGAGCUCCAAGAUGGUAGCCGAUGUUGUCGAGUCCCUCAUCGGCGCCGCAUACGUGUGUGGGGGUAUGUCAAAGGCACUCGAGUGUAUCUCCCUCCUUAUCCCCACUUCCAAGUCCAGCAAGUUCAAGUGGCAGAAUAUUGGUGUUAGCCGUGACCAGCUUUUCGAGCUUGCUCCCAAAGAUGCCAUCCUCCCCAAGCAAUUAGAGCCUCUAGAGAAGGCCAUGGGCUACACUUUUACCAAAAAGUCACUCCUCAUCGAGGCCAUGACGCACCCGUCCUGCCCAGGUCUCAGUGACAACGACUCCUGCUACGAACGCCUCGAGUUCCUCGGCGACGCCACCCUCGACGUCAUCGUCGUCAAGCGUCUCAUGGCCGAGACGGGCCCCAACGAGCUCGCGCACAACGACAUGCACGAGUACCUCUCCUCGGUCGUCACUGCCGACAUCAUGGCGUUCCUGGCCAUGGAGUGGGUCAUCAGGCAGACGGACAUCUUCGAGAUCAACCCUGCCAAGCUGGACGCCCUCGACCUCCUUCCUUUCUCCAAGAGCAAGAUAACUUCUGCGAACCUGGUCUCCAACAAGGAGGACUGGCCCUUCUGGCGGUUCAUGCGUCACAACUCACAACACGUCGCGGCCACCCAGACCGCCACCAAAGAACGCUACCUCGCCCUCAGAGACGACAUCCGCGCUGCGAUAUGGAAGCAGAACGAGUUACCCUGGGCUUUGCUGGCGCGCAUGGGCCCCGCCAAGUUCUACUCGGACAUUGUAGAAUCUUUAAUCGGCGCCGUGUGGGUCGACUCCGGUUCGUGGGAAGCGUGCGAGCACGUGCUGAACCAAAUGGGCCUCUUGCCGCUGCUAGAUCACUUACUCAAGAACAAGGCGCAUGUGAUGCACCCCAAUGUCGAGCUGCAGAUCCUGGCGCCCCCGAACAAGCGGGAGACGCGCACCGAGUUUGUGAUAAUUUCCAACAAGAGGGGCAUCAUCAGUCGCGGGACGGAGUUUGAGGAUGAGCCGAGUGCCGUUGAUGAUGGGCUUGUGACGGUAGAGCCAUAUGAUGACGUACCGGCACAUGGCGAGGUGUUUUCUUGCAAGCUGUUUGUUGGAGGCAAGCAGGUGGCGGAUGUGACGGGUGCGGGGACGAAGGAGGAGGCCAGGGUGAGGGCGGCGGAGAUGGGGUGUUGGGUGAUUAAGGCGGAGAGGAAGGCGAUGGCUGAGAAGAAAGCUGAGAAGGCUGAGAAGGCUGCUGCUGCUGCUGCUGUUGAUAAUGAGGAUAAGGGGGAUAACACGGAGAACGGAGACACCAACGCCAAGAGCGGGGAGAACGGGGGAAAGGAAGAGGUCCCCGAUCACCGUGAUGCGGAUGGGGAUACGGUUAUGAACUAG